AUGAAUAAGUAUAAAUGGAGCAAUAAGUAUAAAUGGAGCAACUAUAUACGCGCAAACCGCACCGAGAAUUUGGAGGACGAAGCUGUAAAGAUAAUGGAAGAGUGCCUCUUGCCGCCUGGUCGUUACUGCGACCUUGAUGACCUGGAAGUUCUGCAGAAGGAAGCCUUCCCACAGUUCCAAAUCAAAGUCAUUUCGGCCAAUCAAGGUGAUAUGAUAAUUGCGCGGGUGCCAGAACGCAAGACGACCGACAUGCAAGAGAUUUUCUUGUUGUUGGAUAAUGAGCAUUUUGACCUUGUCACCACGGCUACUGGGUUCUACUGCUCACCCUACUUCUGCAAUGAUUGCGAUCGAACGUAUCAUCAUAAAGAACGUCAUCAUUGCGAGGGGAAGUGUAGGUCCUGCUACCGCAACAACAGCGACUGUCUGGUGGAGAAUCCUAUUAACUGCACUGAAUGCAGCCGUGGGUUCCACAACCAACAGUGCUACGAGAUCCAUAAGAAGAAGAGGAAAAAUGGAAAGAAUUAUUGUGAGCAAAUGUUCAUUUGCCAGACAUGCGGUGUUUUCGUGAAUCUUUCCAGUCGUGGCAAAAACGUAAGACACCAGUGUGGCGAAAGUUAA